UAUAAAACGAAUAUUUUUGAAGAAUAUAUAAGAAAUUAAAAGUACAAUUUAAGAUGUAAUAAUUAAAAAUCAGUUUCCAACGGUAUGUAUAGUGUUAUCAUUUGUUACACUAAACACAUUGCUCUUGACUAUCUAGUCGAAGGCGUUUCUGUAUCUCUCUGUGUUUCGCAAGUGAUAUUGCUGUGUAGGCGUAUUUUUUUUUUUUUUUCGUUCGUAUUGGGCGUUUUCAAAAAAAAAAAAAGUCUCGUUAUCCAAUCUCAAUGGGUCUUUCGUGAGAGGAAAUCAUCCACACACCCCAUUCAUCCCCCCACUUCAAGAUUUAUUAUUAUUUAUUAUUUUUUUUUUUUUUUGGUGAUGUAA